AGUGUUGAUCGUAUGAUGUCCGUUGUUGGCGCGCAGCCUUUCAUCAAGCCAAUGCAGCCAACGCCUUCUGUAUCCCCUUGCAUCCAAAGGAGACACACUCUUCCCGCGAGCGAAGUCCGACCGCUCAACACGCAAGAUGCCAUAAGCGUCUUUGAAAUCGAGCGAGAAGCAUUCAUCUCAGUUUCAGGUGAGUGUCCACUCCAUCUGGAUGAGGUGCGUCAUUUCCUCACACUGUGUCCGGAGUUGUCCAUGGGCUGGAUUGAGGAGGGUCGGCUGGUGGCUUUUAUCAUCGGCUCUCUCUGGGACCAGGACAGACUCACUACAGACGCGCUGACUCUCCACAAGCCCCGCGGCUCCACCGCCCACAUCCACAUCCUCGCGGUGCAUCGCACCUUCAGGCAGCAGGGCAAAGGUCCCAUCCUGAUGUGGCGCUACCUGCAGUAUCUGCGCUGCCUGCCCAACGUGCGCCGAGCAGUGCUCAUGUGCGAAGACGUCCUCAUUCCCUUCUACCGCAAGUCAGGCUUCAAGGUGCUUGGCCGCUGUGCCAUCACCGUGGCCAACCUGACCUUCACAGAGAUGUGGUACCCCAUCAGCGGCCACUCGUACAUGCGGCGCAACAGCGAGGCGAUCCGUUUCCCUCAGUAUCCCCUGACUCUGCCACUGACAAAGACUGAUGAACACGUUGAUGUAUGACAUGGUGAAGCUGGUCACUCAGAUAUCUGCACAGAUUGUCUUUCAUUAACAGUGUUGUGCUCUUUUCUCAGUUUAAGUGUCUGCUGACUCUGUUUUGUUGGAAUUUUUGCCUCAAUCUUGUGUGAAAUUAUUUUAUUGUGUACAAUAAAAACAAGAAUGUACUAUACUGCAAUGUGAUGUAUUAUGUGGGCGGAUUAUGAGACAAUAGGUGCCUGGGCACAGACAUGCAAAAGGCCCCACCACCUCUUUGAGGUUAUUUUUUGUCUC